AUGUCAGAACAAGUCGGCGAAAACUACGCAAGACAGAGCCACGAUGAAAAUGCCCAAUCCUCCAAAGUCUCCCAACAACCCAAUACUCCAUUUCCCGAGGCGGAUAGUGAGGGACCCCUGGAGGAUUUCUCGUACCUAGAUUAUGUUAGUGUUAUCCCGGACUUUGCCUGGUUUGCCCAAUGGCUGGGGCAUGAGCCUGGACCCGCCAGCGUAUGGGAGGAAAUUCUUGGGUAUCCCACGCGAGUCGCCAUUGUGGACAGGAUUAACGAUCAAAUGAACUUUCAUCUGGAUAUUGAUGCCGAUAAUCUCUCCGAGGCUUUGGAGGGGCGAAAGCCUACUGUUUCAACCCGAAUUAUCGUCCUCACUUACGAGCAUCCUUGGAACUUUGACCGCAAGUUUGUUGAGAGCAUUGGAAAAUGGUUUCGAAUCAACCCCCGGUUCUUCUACGGAAACUUUGUUCACGGUGAUCGAAUCCACACCAUAACUCCUCCGACGUUCAAGCGACAAUUUACAACACCAUGGGUUGAUACUUUGCCCUCGCAGAACAUAUCCUUCGAAUUAAGACAAUCUCGACAUCAUGAAAGAAAUUGCAACACCUUUUCGGCCAUGGUUCUCAACCCGAGCAACUCUAAUUGCCCAGAAGAUAAGAAGACAGUUUUGGUCCUGAUUCGCGACGGCCUCGAACCAUUCCCCCCACGCCCCAACCGGCGACUUACACAAAACCGCUGGCCGGACGUCCAAAUGCCGCUCCCGUCUGAGCUAAGGGAACUAUACCCAACGGUGAGCCUCCAAGACGACACCCUGUCGUCUCGAUAUUUGUCUCGCGUAAGGACUAUGGAUCUCAAAUCGGCAAGAAGUGCAGACGCAAACCCAAUCGAAUAUGCCAUUCCUUUUGGCCAUAUCCUGGCCGAAGAGUUUGGCAAAGAACUUGACUCUUGGUUCACUCGUUACGCUAAUGAGAGAUAUUAUGGGAGGAGUACGUACAUUAUGGCCGACUCUGUAGAUUCGAUGAUUUUAAGUCUACAGAGCUGGCUAGAUGAGAUCGCAUUUGCCAAACAGAACGUGUUACGGCUCAAAUCAACCGCUGCUGUCGACGGAUUGGCCGAUGACAUCAAGUACUUGGAGGAGAGGGGCAAGUCGUUGCUCAACGAUUUACGAGACACUCUUGACCAGCACGUUGGUCUCCUCUCAAUCAAAGCGAGCGAGAAGGCCAUAUCUGAGUCUCACCGAGUCAACCGGCUCACCUAUGCGGCGUUCAUCUUCAUCCCUCUCAGUCUGAUCACCUCGGUCUUCGGCAUGAACGUUUCGGCACUCGGUUCUGGACCAGCUCCAAUUUGGCUACCCUUCGUCAUCUCCGCCCUAACCCUCGUCAUUUCUGUCACUUAUAUGUGGUGGGCCUCGAAAACCUCUGCGUCAAGGGCAGAAUGGAAGUACCAUGCGCUAAGCACCCUGUGGCGAGUUAUCGAGCUCUCCUUUUGUUUCUUCCUACGCUCACCAGUCGAAAUCUACACGAGAGUUGGCCUCUGGGUUUUGGGUUUGGUAAGGCACGCGGGGAUGUCGUGCCAAUGGCCGCAAAACAGGCUCGACAGCCUCGAGGAAAGUAUGGGAGGUCUGAUACACAUGCGAGUGAGCGUCAAGUCGAAAGUCGACUCUUGGUUUCGUAGCAUUCAGCUUCUAGUGCCUUUCCUUCGUCCGAAACCUACGAGGAGGCGUAGUGUCCAAACGACAUCUGACGAUGAAGGUCCGAGCUUGGUACAAAGGUGGAGACAUAAUAUAGAUAUGCAGUCAUAG